GUGAACACCAGCUCAAGAUCAAACUUUCGGCUUUCUUCUUUUUUUUUUUGGAUCUGUUUCUUGAUCUGUUGCCCCCGCAAUGGCGGCCUCGGCGAGACGCCUCUCUGUUCUGUUCGUUGUGCUGGUGCUCGCUCAUUCCCAGGUCCAAGCUAGAGAGAGCAAAUUCUUCAGCAAGGUCACUCAUUCCACCAACGUAGCGCCCGGAGAUGACGUCAGAGAGAAGAAGCCGUCCCGCAUCGAGAUCCCCGUGGCUGCUCCGGAGUAUAGCCUCGCGCCUGGCCCUGCCCCGGCUUAUGUUGAGAAGGAGUACGGUUACGGCCUGUAUGGCCACGACUCCGACAUGCUCCCGCCGGCUAGAGAGACGUACACUCCUGUGACCACCACCACCACCACCACCGAUGUCAAUGAAAAGAAAACCACCGCCACUCCAGCCACUGCCACAACCGAUAAGGAGGACAACUUUGAGGACCAAUUCGUGCGGGAAGAGCUCAGCGGCGAAAGCUUCCAGACGGGCUACACAAAUAACAACAACAACAACAAUGGCUACGCAAACACCAGGGAAACCAACGGAUACGCCAACAACUACAACACCAACGCCUUCACGAGCACGUACAGCACCACUGGCCAGUCCGAGAACUACAACGCAAAUGGUUACCCCGGCAGCUCCAACAGCAAUGGCUAUGGGACCGAGAAGCAAGGGAUGAGUGACACCAGGUACUUGGAGAAUGGCAAGUACUACUACGACGGGAAGAGCGAGAACAGUUACCUCAACGGGCAUAAGCCAGAAAAGGCAGCUACCGGGAAUUAUGCCAACUACGACGAGAAUAGUGCCAACUCGAGAGAAACCAACGGAUACGCCAACAACUACAACACCAACGCCUUCACGAGCACGUACAGCACCACUGGCCAGUCCGAGAAUCACAACACAAAUGGUUACCCCGGCAGCUCCAACAGCAAGGGCUAUGGGACCGAGAAGCAAGGGAUGAGUGACACCAGGUACUUGGAGAAUGGCAAGUACUACUACAACGGGAAGAGCGAGAACGGUUAUCUCAAUGGGUAUGAGCCAGAAAAGGCAGCAACUGGGAGUUAUGCCAACUACGAUAACAACAGUUUGAACUCGAACGAGUUUGAUACCAUGGAAGAGUACUACAAGAAGCAGGGGUACCAAGAGAGCCAGGAGGUGUACGAGCCUUGAGAGCGAUCGGUCCGCGAGCGAUCAAGCAGAGAGCUCUGGACAUGGAUUGCAGAGUAGGACGUUAAGCUAAAUUAUGAAAGAGAGGAUGUGUGUUCCUUGUGUUGAUGUUUUCAAAGUUCGUUUUUUUUUUCCUCUUGGGCACUUUUUAUUGCAUUGCGUAUGGAAGAACUAUACGAGUUGUUUGCAACAA